AUGACUGAGCAAACUCCUACUUCUCCAAAUGCCAAACCGACUGUUAUCGGACUGUACGGAAUCCCCGGCUGUGGAAAGACAUUUCUUCUGAAGAAGUUGAAAGUCAUCCUCAGGGAUGAUAAAUUCAUAUUUUUCGAUGGCUCUGAUGUGAUAAAGGAACUCGUUCCAGGUGGUCUGGAUGCCUUUUCUAGAUUUCCCAACAGCAGCAGGAAACAUUGGCGGACCUGCGCUAUCAAAAAGAUCAAAAAAGAUGCCGAGGAUAGCGGAAAGACGGCGAUCGUUGCAGGGCACUUCAUGUUCUGGUCCGAAGUCAAGGAAAAGGACGUCGUUUGCAACGAAGCGGAUUUAAAUACUUACACUCACAUCCUCUACUUGGAUGUCCAACCUAAAGUUAUUGCGCAACGACGACUUGAAGAUCAGACUCGCAAUAGAGCCAAUGACUCCAUGGCACAUUUACAAGAAUGGCAAGAUUACGAGAAGUCACAGAUGCGCAAACUUUGCCACAAAAAUUCGAUCCUAUUUAUGUCCUUGUCUCCUCGUCUUAUGGAUUUGUCGAUGAUUUCAAAACUGAUAAUGGAUUUCCAUUAUCAUAACGAGAAGAUCAACUCGGCAUCAAUCGACCAUAGACUAGACGAAAUCAUGGCGCGCAUGGAUGGCCCUGUCGAAACAAUGCUAGUUCUCGAUGCUGAUCGAACUCUGACGGCUGAAGAUACAGGCAAGCUCUUCUGGGAUGACGAUGGCCCUGGACCAUCGCGGUUGGACGGUAUCUUCCGCAAGCCGCUCCGAUAUUCAUACCUCGCCUUUCGCCAAGCGAUGCUGUUUUACGAGGAAACAUAUGACGAUGACGAAUUCGACCGCCGCUGCCGAGAUGUCGCAACACGAACGAGCGUAUAUCCCGAGUUCUUGUCACUAUUACGCCUGGUAAAAGCCGAACCUCAUGUCGGUGCCGUAAUCGUCACUUCAGGACUUGGCCGUGUCUGGGAGAAAGUGCUACAACGAGAAGGACUUUCCGAGAAAAUCAAGGUUAUCGGGGGCGGCCGUCUUAGUGACCGCAUUGUUGUUACCCCGUCGGCCAAAGAAGCGGUAGUGGACCGUUUACAAGAGCACUACAAGACUUAUGUCUGGGCUUUCGGAGAUAGCCCGCUGGACAUUCCAAUGUUGAAGAAAGCGAACCAGGCAAUUAUUGUCGUGGGAAACAAAAAUGAACGAAGCAAGACGAUGGAUGAAGCCUUAGAACAGGCUUUUGAGGACGCAGAUUUUAAGCCUCAACAGGUGGUUUUACCUUCUGACGCUCCUCCACGUCUUGACGCAACCCGACUGCCAGUGAUGAGUUUGACACAACAACAGUUCACUGCCGACGUCUUCACUCGUGGCCGGCCAAAGCAAAAUAUCGACAUUAUCAGCGCGACAGAUAGAACAUCUGCAAAGUUGCUUAUGACGGCUAUGCGGGAUGCACGCAAUAAUGGUCCUAUUCUAUGUAAAGCUCACCGGCGUGUGGGCAGCUAUUUGGCAACCGAGUUUGUCAGCUCAGUCAUUGGUGUAGAAAAAAGCACUAUUCCACAUGUCCAGGGGUAUUCCACUGAUGGAUACCGACUCUUCCGGGAGGACCAGACCUUGAUCGUUUCUCUUAUGAGAGGAGGAGACCCCAUGGCUCGUGGAGUCUGGGACGUGUUCCCCUGUGCAAUGUAUCUACAUGCAAAAAAUCCCACAGACAUCAAGUGCGAUCACUUAGAUGGUCAAAUCAACAUUCUACUUGUUGACUCCGUUGUGAAUACGGGAAAGUCCAUUGCAGAAUUUGUGCAACACAUUCGCAACCUUCAUCCCACCGUUCGCGUUGUGGUUGUUGCUGGCGUUGUUCAAGCUGAGUGUACUUCCAGCGGCCAUCUCUCCCAGGUCUUGGCUGGAAGCUACGACAGUCUCAGCAUUGUCACAUUACGUCUGUCCCAAAACAGAUACACUGGCUCUGGAAGUACCGAUACGGGCAAUCGGCUUUUCAAUACCAAGCAUUUGCAUGAGCCUGGAAAUAAGAAUUCACACAGCUUUACCUUCAAUCAAUCCAAUUUGAAAUUGCUACGGAUAUAG